CGGAGCGAGCGCAGAGGGAGAGGCGCCCCGUGCCAAGCAGGCUGCGAGCAUGAAUGGCGGGGCGAGAAGACUCCAUCUUGGGCUGCUGCCGCCGCCGCCAGACGCCGCCACGCAGAGGGUCCUGCUCAGGCGAGUUUGGAGGCCACACCUUGACGAACAGCGACACAGAAACCCAGUAGAUGUGGCCAGCUUGUCCAGAUCUGAGAGCGCGCGAUGGCUCCUGUCGUGGAGGUCACCGACAUCUGCCACCCCAGCUCCCUUCUGGUCCAGUUGAACGAGCAGCGCCUGCGGGGCCAGUUCUGCGACAUCACCAUCAUUGCCGAAGACACAAAGUUCCAGGCCCAUAAGAACGUCCUCGCGGCCUCCAGCCCGUACUUCAAGGAGGUGCUCUCGGAGGAGCCGGCCUGUCACCAGCCGAGCCAGAUCUUGGAGCUUCCUGACAUCCAGGCCGAAAUCUUCUCCGACAUCCUCAACUUCAUCUAUAACUCCCGCCUGUCGGUGCCCAGCCCGGCUGCCGCCAAGGAGAUCGGCGCCGUUGGCCGUCGCCUGGGCAUCUCCCGCUUGGAGAAUCUGGAUGACCCUUCCUCCGACGCGGAGAUGGACGACUGCAGCGUUGCCUCCUCCAGGCUGUGCGGCUCGCCCAUAGACCUCACCUGCCCUUCCCGCUUGGCCGAACCUUCCAGCCCGAUCUGCUGCCAGGAUUUGGCCAAAGCAUCCAGCCCCGUGAGGGACACUCGUCCUGACCCCGAAACAGAGACGGCGAAGAUCCUCUAUAACCUCAGCUCGGUGUCGACUGUGCCGCCGCCGCCUGACCUGGCUUUCAUGCUGAAGGGGAGUGUCGGCUGGGACCAUGACAACCCUCCCGGGGAUCCUUCUGUGGCCGCCAGCAACAACGACGCGGCCGAAGCGCCGGCCUCGUCUUGUUCGUCCCCGUCCGGACCUUCCUUCCCGGCCAGCAGCACCUUCUGCUGCGGAAGCUGCGGCCGUUCCUUCUCCACGUCUUCUGCCCUCAGCCUCCACAUGAAGCUCCACCGGACGCGGCGUUCGUUGUCCUGCCGGCACUGCGGAAAGAGCUUCAUCCACAUCAAGCGACUACAGACACACGAGGUCUUAUGCAAAGACGUGGAGAAGUCCGAGGAGGGGGCCCCGACGGGCGAGGCGCUGCCAAACCCCGUGUUGCCUUCCAAGCCGACGCUGACAUCUUCCAAGAAGGGCUUGAUGUUCCGUCAUCGGGGCCUGCCCCGGGUGGACUACAUCUCCGACCAAGACCACUUUGUCAAAGUGGUGGACGGCCACAUCAUCUACUUCUGCACGGUCUGCGAGCGGUCCUAUAUGACGCUGUCGAGCCUCAAGCGGCACUCCAACGUCCACUCGUGGCGGCGGAAGUACCCGUGCCGGUACUGCGACAAAGUCUUCGCCUUGGCCGAGUACCGCACCAAGCACGAGGUCUGGCACACGGGCGAGCGGCGCUACCAGUGCAUCUUCUGCUGGGAGACCUUUGUCACCUACUACAACCUGAAGACCCAUCAGAAGGCCUUCCACGGGAUCAACCCUGGCCUCAUUUCUUCCGAGAAGACUCCCAACGGAGGCUACAAGCCGAAACUCAACGCCCUGAAGCUCUACCGGCUCCUGCCCAUGCGGUCCCAAAAGAGGCCCUAUAAGACCUACAGCCAAGGGCUGGUGCCGGAUAACCUCUUGCUCCCAGCUCAGCCCAUCCCCAUGACGUUAGGGGACAGCGAUUCCUUGGAUGGGAACUUGGUCUCCUCUUUGGGUACCGGCGACGUCACGUCCGUCUUCGCCGCCAACAGUGGCUCCUUGGAGCUGGCAGAGGCAGAACGCUUCCAGCGGCAAGAACCAGCGGGCGGCCUGGAGAUGCCUGUGCUCGCAGCCGUUGAUGAGAAGGCUCCGGCAGACAAGCGGACAGGGCCGUUGAGCGCAGAGGCUCCCUCCGUCAUUGCCUACGGGCGUCCGGCCUCUUCGGUGAUCGUCCACAGCACUUCAGUGAAGUCGCAGCCCCCCUCGGUGAUCACGUACAACAGCAAGUCUUCAGAGGCGCCUUUGGAUACAGGGCCUCUGCCGACGGUGUCGCAGCCAACGCCGCCCACAGUGGUGGCCAGACCCAUGAAGAAGCAAGUGCUGAAGGAAUACAUCCAGUCGCAGAAGGCGGAUGAGCGGGCCUUGGAAGAGAACGGAGGGGAACACGGGCCCAGGGCCAGGGGGCUACGGGCCGGGCGGACCAUGACGUAUAUGGCCAAGCCGGCCUACGUGGGCACCGCCUCCGAAAGCCGGUCGGCACCGCUCUGCCAGAUCACGGUGCGCAUCGGCGAAGAGGCCAUUGUCAAGCGCCGCAUCUCCGAAACAGACCUCAUGCUCGACAAAGGCAGCCGCCUCGGGGGAAGGCGCUUUGAUUUUGGCCGGGAGCAGAACGGCGAGAAGCCGCCGCCGCUGCCAGCGCCCCACGGCAAGCGUGCCGACAGGGGGUACGCCAACGAGAGCGGCGAGGAGGAGAGUGACCGCGGGGAUGCCGAAGACCAGCUCUGGCGGCCCUACUACAGCUACAAGCCCAAACGGAAGGCGUGUGGCGGCGGCGGCAAUACCGCGCCGAAGGUGAAGAAGUCGCGGUGGCGGCGGAAGCUGCGUUCGUUGCACUGGAUGAAACGGACGGAGAAAGCCGAGGAGGAAGCGGCGGAGGAGGAGGCAGCCAUGGAGGAGGCCAGCGUGAGGUCCAGCCAGCCAGCGUCCGCCGAGGUCCCUGGAGGCCUGGGCGGUGGUGCCUCUGAGGGCGAGGGGACGGACCAGCCCCCCAAAGUGGGGAGCGGGCGGGGCUCGGAGUGGAAGCACGAAUGCAGCGUCUGCGGCAAACUCUUCUCAGCGCUCAAGAAGCUGAGGAAACACGAGCGGGUUCACGGGCGCAUCGGCACGGACGACCGCUCCUCGGCCCCGCUGCCGGCCACUCCUCACCGCGUAGGCCGCAAGCCUUUGGUCAAGUUCGCCUGCGCCCACUGCGUGAAGGUCUGCAAGACUGCCGCGGCGCUGAGCCGCCACAUGAAACGGCACGAGGGCCAGCGGCCGGAGCAGGCCCCGCUGCCGGCCCUUACCACGGUCAUCGCCUACUCCAAGAAGACCACCGAUGCCCCUCCGCCGUCGCCCGUGGUCAAGGAGGAGACCACGCAAGAGAUGCAGGUGUCGUCCUCCAGCGGAGAGGCCCCGGCGUGCCACCAGGAAAGGCCGGAAGCGGAGCCUGUGGCGAUGGAAACGGCGCCUUACGACGACGGCCCUCCUCUAGCGGCGCCGGGGGCCGAGGGAAACCCGCCACCGCUGGGAGGAAGCGGCUCCCCCUUCCCCGAGGAGCUCGCCGUUCACCCCCCUCCGCCGCUGGAGGCGGCCGCCGGCCUCGCGGAGAUGCCUCUGAGUCUGCCCCACUCCCUCCAGGACCCCGUCAUCUCGCACACCGGCCUGGUCCAGAAAGAGGUCCUAGCGCCGCAGGAGAUGGAGGAGGAGCGCUAUCCGGUCCAGGAGUAUCCGUUGCCGCUGCUGGUGCCGGGCAGCUGUCGGACCCGGAAGGAGCUGGAGGACAGGCCCUCGUUCCUCGCUUACCCCAGCGCCAUCCAGUUCAACGCCAUGGGCAAAGCGGGCGGCAGCGACGGGGAGGGCAAGGUGGGCUUCUAUCCGGAUCCGUACCCGCUCAUGUACGGCCAUCAGCUCCUGGCCGCCUAUCCGUACAACUUCACCCUGCCGGUGGCGUUGAACAUGGUCGUGCCGGACGACAAAGGGCAGCCCCUCCCCUUCCUGCCCAGCGUCUUCAGCUACUCCAUGAACCCGUGCCGGAGCGAGGCGCACGACGGGGGCGCUGGAUCCAACGGGGCCCUGUCCAUGGCGGGCGGCGCGGCGCGCGAGAGCAGAGGAGACCCUGCCGCCUCGGACAGGCUGAAGAAAGGAGCCCUUCUGUGAGGGACAAAGGGAGGUUGGUGUGUGUGGGGGGGAAAGGCGCCAGAAAUCAUAGGGGCGUUGAGGGGGGAGUGAAGUCCGUGGCUGGCGGGGGCUUGGCAAAAUCCCCCCCUCUGUUCUGAGUAGGGGGGGGUCUGCGGAGUGCUGUGGCAGAGAGGUGUGAAUCCAGAGGUGAGCUGGGCAUAGCCACCUGGCCAAAUACGUCCGUCCCGCUUCACAUCAGGGGCGUAUGAAGCGGGGCACAUCGUAGGUCAAACUUUUUUUAAAAAAUAGCAAAAAUAGGUACAGGGUAAUUCCUCUUUCCCUCCCCCCCCCAACCACCCUUCCGCCUGUCCUGGUUCCCAAAUCCCCUAUGAAUGUCCUCUUGCUGAAUAGACACAGUUAAGAGUGAAUUUGCACAACGCAGCCCUUCACUCCCCACCCCACCCCGCCCCACGCCUGGCAGUUCCUCCGUUCCUGCCCGUGUCUCAGUGGCAUUCCCUGUUACCUGUGCUGGACACGCAGCGCUGCAUGGCACACGGGGUUAUUUCUCAGACCCUCCCACCAGGGGGCGCUCCUGGGUUUCUCUUGCCCCUUCCAGCCCCCUCCC